UUCCUCUCCUUCUCCGGGGCCCGCGGCGGCGGCAACAGCACUCUCUGCCAUGAGCCCAGAGGAGCCGCCGACCCUACCGGGGAACCACCUCAACCUGCUGCCCGACGAGGCGCCCGUUGUGAGAGGCGCCGUGGCUGAACUCCGGCGCCGAGCCGACGAGGAGCGUCUCCAGCCGUGGCCGCUGGCCCUCUCGGACACCUUCCUGGUGCGCUUCUUGCGAGCUCGAGACUUCCACCUGGAGCAGGCGUGGAAGUUAUUGAAGAACUAUAAUACCUGGAGAGCUGAAUGCCCAGAAUUAAGUGCAGAUCUACGGCCUUCCUCUGUUCUUGGUCUUCUGAAUGCUGGUUACCAUGCAGUUCUAAAAGAGAGGGAUCCAGCAGGGAGUAAAGUUAUAAUUUAUAGAAUUGCACAAUGGGACCCAAAAAUGUUUACAGCAUUUGAUGUGUUUCGUGUAAGUCUUAUCACAUCUGAACUUAUUGUGAGGGAAGUAGAGACACAACGGAAUGGAGUCAAAGUUAUCUUUGACCUCCAAGGAUGGAGAUUUGCUCAUGCAUUCCAGAUCUCUCCAGGGGUGGCCAAGAGGAUCGCUGCUGUGCUCACAGAUUCCUUUCCGCUAAAGGUUCGUGGCAUCCACUUGAUUAAUGAGCCUUUAUUCUUCCACCCAGUCUUCGCUCUAAUUAAGCCUUUUCUUUCUGAAAAAAUCAAGGCACGGGUCCACAUGCAUGGGAGUAACUAUUUACAGACUCUCCAACAACACUUUCCCAGGAUUCUCCCAGGCGAAUAUGGUGGUGAGGCAGCCUCCGUGGAAGAGCUCUUUCAGGAGUGGACUGACUUUGUAACCGAAUCUGCAGGUUAUCUUCAGAGCAUUUCUCAGUGUCCGUAG